UUUUUUUUUUUUGCCUCUUACUCAACAGACUUUUUGUUUCCUUUUUAACUGUUUCCUUUUGACACAUUCUCUUUCCAUUGAUUCGUCUCGCUUCGGGCGAUUGACGGAUUCUCACAACCGAAAAUGUCGACACGCCAGCUUCGGAAGCUCCAGAAACAACGAGAGCUAGAACAGCUGAAGCUGCAGUCGGUUACUCCCGAAACGCAGGAACCAAGCGAAGAUGAAGAGCACGAACCGAUAGCAUCCAAGCCUAGGGCCAGUCUCUUUGCAGCUCUGGGCGGGGUUGACGAAGACGACGAACAACAAUCCGAGAACGAGGAGAACGAGGAGAACGACAACAAAGCCGCGGCAGCUGAGGACUCGGAGAAAGAGGCCGUACCACGACCGGUGAAGAAGAACAAGAGCAAAAAGAAGAAGAAAAAUAAAGGAAAGAAGAAGGAUACGUCGGCAGGAGACGAUACCCCCCAGAAUCCAAGUUCGAAGGGUAACGAGGAUGACGAGAUUGAGGCCGCCCUGCGAGAACUCGACCUCGCUCGCGAAUCCGCACACAAAGGGACGAGCACUGCUCUUACCACGAGCACGGACCGCUACGGAACCAGCCUUCUACAGAUCAACCCCAACCACCUCAAAGCAAUGAACGAGAUGCAGAGUUUGUUUGGCAAGGAUGUGAUUGAGGCGGCGCGGCAGGAAGAACAAGCCGAGCGGGCGGCCGAAUUACAGAGGCAACGUGGUGGCCAUGGUCCCCGGCAAGUCAACCUGGAACAAGCACUACGAGGUGAUCCUAGGUACAAGCUUUCCGAGGUGUUGCUCCGGCGAAACCCAUUCAUCCGGGGCAUGGACCAUUGGCCGCGGGCCACACCGCAGGACCUGUCCAUGCAGGAGGUGCGAGGAGGCGAAGAUGGACUGACCGAGUUCACCUUCCACCACGCCUUCGAGUACGACAAAACCCAGGUGGCCUUCAUCCGCAUGGUGAUGGCCGGCGAUCCCAUGAUGCUGGUGAAUCUGCUUCUGACGCAUCCGUACCACAUCACCACCCUCCUGCAAGUCAGCAAGAUCGCGACGCAGGACCAGAACCCCGCCCUCGCCGCCGAGUUGUGCGAGCGCGCGCUGUUCGCGUUUGGGCGCGUGACGACGCCGGCGUUCCGCCACAAGAUGGAACAGGGCAAGGCGCGGCUCGACUUUCGGCGGCCGGAGAACCGCGAGUUCUGGUUGGCGGGGUACCACUACCUCAAGAGCCUGAUGCGCAAGGGGACCUUCCGCACGGCGCUGGAGUGGGCGAGGCUCCUGUUCGCGCUCAACCCGAACGACCCGUACGGGAUGAAGAACUUUCUCCACCCGCUGGCCAUCCGGGCGCGGGAGGCGCAGUGGCUCGUCGACUUUUGCGACGCCGAGGAAUUCGACACGGGCAUGUCGGAUGACUUGUACAUCAGGCAGACGCUCGUGCUGGCGAAGCUGCAGCUCAGCGACCAGAGCCAGGGCCAGGAGGACAAGGACAGGCGGAGGGCGGAGGCCAGGGAGCUCGCGGUGCAGGGCAUGCGCAGGCUGCCGUGGCUGUACACGGCGCUGUUAGGGGCCCUCAACCUGGACGUGCCGCCGCCGCUCUGGGGGAUCCGGCCUAAGGGGCCGCAGCGAUACUGGACGGAGAUGUACCUGCACCAGGCCAAGGAGCUCUGGGACAACGCGCAGGCGAUCGGGCUGCUGAAGGAGGUGGCGGCGCUGCUGGGGACGGCCAAGGUGGACGCGUGGGCGCUGCCGCAGGACCAGCCGUCGGACCUGCGCACGGCGCGGCUGGCGUUCCUGGAGGGAAACACGAAGAUCAUCACGGAGAUCCCGUCCCACAUGCUGGCGCAGCAGCCGAACUACGAGUUCGACCCCCUGCCGCCGCCGUAUGCGGAGAACAUCUUCUCCAGCGACGGCGUGCGGCUUCCGUGGGACGCGCCGGUGUAUAGCGCGUCGCAGCACCCUCACACGCAGCACGAGCACCACCGGCAGCAGGUAGCCGGAGCGGCGGCAGCCGAGCCGUUGCCCCGAGACGCCGUUGAUGGUCAAGGGUGGCCGAUUUUUGGUGACGCGGAGGAGGAGGAGGAGGAUAACGGGCGCAAUGCCGCUGGAGACGCUGGGGGUACGGCCGACGACGACGACGCGGUUCCCGGGCAGGAAGGAACGGCUAUCCGGAGGCUUAUGGCCGAUUUCCUUGGGCCUUUGUUCGGAAGGGCCACAGCUGCGACAGGCGACGGUGGCGGAGAUGGCCCGGGACAAGGCUCGGCGAGGGAGGCUGAUGAGGGCCGUCGGGCGGGGGUGAUGCCGGGCGCUUACGAAACGGACGAAGAGGAUGACGGAGGAACGGGAGGGAGAGAGAAUGCCCGGCAGAGACAGGCGUAAAGACUUGCUUUAAGGUACUAGGGGGCAUAGGAGGGCGUUUUUCUUUUACUUUUCGGCGCGGUUCUAUCUGAUACCCGUAGGCCUAGAACAUGCUUAUGAUUCAUGGCAGGAAGGCGUAAAGAGUCUGGGGUUGCAUAGAUAUGGGAUGGGAGGGAAGGACAUGCAAUGCGAGAGAGAAAGGAGCAUCACAUAAAGGAGGCGUCUCGUGUGGUAGCAGAGUUGACCAGAUCCGUAAAUAGAACGAAGACAGAAGGAGGUGACUCGAAGCCAAGAUUACUGUGUCGCGUGUUGCAGGGCCGAAGAGGGGCUAAGGGGAUAAUGAAAAUGAUGAAACUUGCUCAAAUUGUC